GGCUCUAAACUUAAUUCAAUAUUUUUUGAUGUGAAUAUUUCAGAACAUGCUGGGCGCCAAAAUACUUCCGUGUUGGGAACCCUAGGUGGUAUCGUAUGUUACGGAUAAAUAGGUGCAAACAGUAUACACUUUCUUCAAGCGGUUAUAUAACAAACUUCAAUUAAUUACGCACUAAUAUCAUAAUAGGUAGAAAUUGACAAUGGGAUGUGAUUAAUCUAUUGAUCUAGAUUUUACUACUUCACACAGUUAACUUAAUACCGAACUAGUAUUUAUAUAUUCCACUCCAUAUAUUGCUGCCUUUUAAUAAUAACAAUAACACCAAAAUCGGAAACUCGGCAUCAUAAACUCCACCUGAAAUUGGCAGCAGAUCUUCAAGAACUCGAGCUACUUAUCACAUUUUAUUGUCGCAUUUAUUAGCAUCCGAAGUAUGAUAUCGUAAAAUAUGAAUAAGCAAACAUGAUAAACGGAAAUGAAUUAUAUAGUGGCUCCGACAUGACCUGCUAUCGAGAACCAAAAAUUGGUGGGCAGGGUAACCACAAAGAGCAGCGUCUGGUCUCAGAAGACGCCAGAGCCACCGAUUAUUGGCAUUUGGUUAUGCUUAUUAGAUUUUCGUGGCUUACGUUUUGGCCCGUUGCUUACCUCGUAUAAAGUUGAAGAGACCAGCUGGCCGGGGUGGCAGUACGGUGGCUAACUUUAAACCUCGCAGACGUCGGAAUUCCGCAGCGGAUUACAUCAAAUCUGGAUAUUACAAAUUAUUACAAAAUCAAUCAUAAAACCCCGAGUGGAUAUCGUGUAUUGCAGACAGUGCGAAAAGACACUGAAAUAAAACCGAGAAAUAUGCGAAAUUUUCUAAUUGGCCUGGUGUUUUUGGCCCUGAUUUGGGUGGAGGUCGAUGCCCGUCUGGUGAGGGUUCGCCGGAUCAGAAGAUUGGUCGGCGCCACUGAGCGGGAUGCCCAGAUAACAGACUUCCGGGUUUCACCCCAGGAUGACGAAGGAGUGUUCAAGUUCGCCUUCAAGACCAGCAAUGGAAUCGAUGUGCAAGCGGCAGGAUCUCCGCUGGAGACCAUUGGCAUCUAUAGCUACACCUCACCGGAGGGCGUUCCCAUCGAGACGCGCUACAUAGCCGAUGAACUGGGUUUCCAUGUAGUGGGUCGUCAUCUCCCGCAGCCACCGCCUACUCCGGACUAUAUCCUGCGAUCCUUGGAUUACAUUCGCACACACAGCGAGGAUGGCAAGCUAAAGAAGCCGCACGUCUUGUGAAGUUCCUGACUGCAUUCUAUCCACCAUACACAUCAACUUGGAUGCAAGUGUCCGUGAAGAAGGCUGAACAUACCAUAGCAUGUACUAAUCACCAACUAACUUUAGUAGCGUAAGACUUAAGACCUAGGCUAAGUUGUUGCUAGAUGUUCUAAGCACUCUGAAAUGCGCAAAUGUUUCUUGCCUCCGGGCUGUUCUGCUUGGGUUAUAAAUCAAUCCAUCCAUCCAUCGAUUCUUUCACGGCGUGAAUUUACGGUCUUCGUGCCCAUAAAGAGCGAACAAUGGGGCUCAACCAAACAGAAAACACAAAGAAAACCCCCACGAAUUCUAGCUUGUUAUCCCAUUAUCUGCGAACAGCUUUAUUUGUCUGCGUGUCUGAUUAAUAUUUACGUCUAUUCUCAGAUAUGGAAAUUUGAAAACUGGAUGGAAAACAGUCGUAACUUUGUUUGGGCGACCUUUCGAUGGCUUAAUAAUAAACGGAAGUUUUUUCCGGGUUUAAAGAACCCUCUUCAAAUGAGCGUCUCGGGCAGCAUUUGCAAAAUUUCAACCAAGUUCGGCUCGCUCGAAUUUCAAACCGACCUAACAUAUCUUUUAAGCGAAUAAAAUGCCACAAAUUGAGAAAA